CGUAUUUUAGCAUGACCUCUCGACAACAAACCAUACACUAUUACUCAGAUUAGAAAAGAAAGAAUGGCUGCUCCAAAAGGCAAGGGAUUCAUGGCGAAAGGACCAAAUACCAUUGACCAGAGAUUUGCUGAGAGACUAUUCAAGGAUAGUCGGGAAAGGGUACCAGAGUAUUCUCGUCAGCAUCCUGUUGUUCCACGGUUGCAUGUGCAAGAAUGGAAAACAGAUAUGAAGAACAGGAACCUCAUCAUUAAGAAUGCAGAGCUUGGUGGUAUUCCUCAUUAUGAACAUGAUGAAAACCUCUUCUUGGACAAGCGGGAACAGAUGCAUUACAAUACAGAGGAUCGCACAAGAAUUGAAUCCAAGUAUCCUCACGUUAAUAGAGCCACCCUCCUCCGUCCCAAUUUCCACCACGAGACCUCCAAAUACCAGAGUGAACUCAUGUUCCGAAGGGAUGAUGACUUCGUGGAAUCUGCUUGAGAGCUGUUUCACACUCCUUUAAUCAAUUUUAAGAUUUUAUUUUUACAGUAUUUACACAUUUACUGAAAUUUCACUCUUGAUAUUUUAUAAUUUUUUUUUAUUAAAUUUAAAUAUUGUAUACUAUAUAGAAAUACACAGAAAAUAAGUACCGGGCAAUUACUCCAGGGUCUAUGCUAGUCUAGUCUAGAGGUGCAGCAACAGCAACCAGUUAUGCAAAGCUGUUGGAAAGCAUGCCAAUAGUAAAAUAACAGCUAUUAUAUAAAAUGCUUCAGUCAGGUCGAUUUAUUUUCUGGCACUGUGACGAUAUGGAGGGAGAACUAGUUUUGGUGUGCUUCACAUUGUUUUUAUCAUUUAGUAAUUCUUCAUGUCGAAAAUGAUAGCCUAUCAGUAUUCCAUUGUUAUUUUCACAAGCUCAAUGCAUUUAUAGUUUUUAUGCAAAAAUCUUUUUUUUUAAUUACAUCAGAUGAGAUGAAUUAGUGAUUGAGAAUAAUAUCUCGAGAAAUUGUGUUAUGUCAAUAGUAUUUAUGCUUGUUAUUGCUGUGAUAUAAUUUAUAUUGUUUUGAAUAUCAUUAACACAUUUUUACACUUUCUAAAGUCAGUAUUACGUUAUAUUGUUAGAAUCUUAUUUAUCAAAUAGAAUUAUAUAUUUUUGUAUUUUAUAAAUAAACACACCCAUGAUGGUGUUUAAUAUUCUGUCUGUUUACAACAUCAUUUUCUUGGCUUAUGUAUGCAAACAAUUUUAUUUUUCUAAUCCCUUGAAAAUUCUUUUUGAAAAGAAAUGUUUAUAAGCCUAGAUAACAGAUAAACAUCUCACAAAAUAUGUCUUUCAUUUUUGGUAGUGUCUUUUUCCCCUUUUCAUUUGACUACUUUUUCUGUUAAUCCUUCUGUUUGAUAUUUUUUACAUUUGUCAGUCAUUUGUUUGAGUGCUCAGUGACAAUAAAUUCUUCAGCACAUUA